CGUCUUUGACUCAUUCCGCCAUAAUGCUGUCCGCGGUCUUAUUCCGGACGUUGCCGGGUCGAGCAGUAUCAUCCCAUCUGCUUGCGCUGAGACCUUGUGCGGUGACGCGCGUUGCCACUCAGUUGUAUUGCAAAAUGGGUCUCCCACAGGUCUUCUUUGACAUGUCUGCCGAUGGCAAGCCCCUGGGCCGGAUCGUCAUGGAGCUCCGUUCAGACGUGGUGCCCAAGACGGCCGAGAACUUCCGCGCUCUCUGCACCAGCGAGAAGGGCUUCGGCUUCAAGGGCUGCUCCUUCCACAGGGUCAUCCCCAACUUCAUGUGUCAGGGCGGCGACUUCACCAAACACAACGGCACCGGCGGCAAGUCUAUCUACGGCAACAAGUUCGAGGACGAGAACUUCAUCCUGAAGCACACCGGACCGGGCAUCCUCUCCAUGGCCAACGCCGGCACCCAAAACGGCAAGCCGACGAAAAAGAUCAUGAUCGACAACUGUGGCCAGAUCUGAGCCGCCAGCGACCUGGCCGUGGCCCCGGGUCACCGGAAGCGUGACCCCGGCCUGACCCCGGGUCACCGGUGACCGUGACCUGAGGUGACCUGCGGCCGCGCCUGCCGUCCCAGUUGUAUGGGUCGCGGACCCUGGCAUUCCCUUUCACGAUGUUCGGUGUGCGAGCUACUCUCCCUUUAUCUCCCGCGGCGCGUUGGCCCGCGCGAAGAUUGGUGUCAAUAAACGGCUCUGAGGUGACCCGACCCCGCUUCGCUGGGUUGUCGCAGUUCAGUGUGCUGGAGUCUU